UCGUUGUUACUUCCGAGGCUUCAGCAUUCAUGAUGAACUUACUUCAGAUUGUGUGUGACCACUGGGUACAUAUACUUGUCCCUGUGGGAUUUGUCGUUGGAUGCUAUCUAGACAGAAAGAAUGAUGAAAAGCUAAUUGCCUUCCGGAACAAGAGUCUGUUAUAUAAAAGGGAAUUAAGACCCAGUGAAGAAGUCACCAGGAAGUAAGAGUUGCUGCUGAAUUACAGAAUGUUCACAUUUUUUAAAAUAUAAGAGAAAAACACA